AUGAAGACUUCAAUCUCUCUCACCAGCCUUGCUUUCCUGGCUUCUUCUGUCCUCGCUAUCCCCACUCCUGACACGAGUGCCAGUGGCCUAGAAAAGUGCUCCGCAACAUCCAUCACUCCCUGUGUUUGCCCCGCUGGGACCACCUAUCGCGAGAGCGUGACCUUCUCCGUGAUCGGUGCCGCCGCUAACGACGUCACGAACGUCAUCUCCUCAUUCUUCCACACCGACUGGCUCGGCGUGUCCCCUUACAAAACAUCCGGCACUGACAACGUGCCCGGCGCCGUCCGCACAAGCAAGCUCCCGACCCUCGCCGGCAUCUUCGACAUCACCGAGGUCGAGACCGUGUAUCAUGAGGACAAGAAGUUUGGGGGUUUUGUUGAGAAGUUCGAGCAGGAGCAGUCGACGGUGCCGGUGAAGUAUGCCAAUGGUAGCGGCGAGAUCGCAGGUUAUUGGAUUACCUUGGCUGCGCAACAUGUUUUCCAGUACGAAACCGCCAUUGAGUGGAGUGUGUACGCUUGCGAAACCAAUUACCCGAGGAAUUUCGCCAAGUUCCACGAGGAGGCGUUGAAGAACGCGACAGACAUCCUUACGAAGUCGAAUAAGAUCAAGGGCAAGAAUGUGGAUCCUUUUUCGAUUCAGACUUUCUUGAAUUGA